AUGCAACCCGCUGCUAGACUGUUAUCACGGUCGGUGUGGAAGGGUCCGAACAUCGUACCGCUCCCCAUAAGGGACGCCAUGACGAAGGGCGCUCCGAUAAGAACAAAUGCAAGGUCCGCCACGGUUCUGCCUCAGUUCGUGGGGCUCAAGUUCCAGAUUCACAACGGUAAGGAGUACGUACCUAUUGAGGUUUCAGAAGACAUGGUGGGCCACAAACUGGGCGAGUUUGCGCCCACCAGGAAGCGGUUCAGUUAUACCCAAACCAAGAACAAAUGA